UUAUUCAUUGAUCUGCUGUAGUGUGUCACGCAAAUAACGCGUGUGUCGUGAACAACAUUAGCUGCCGGAUGGCGUCGGGUGGGUGAAAAGUGUAGGAGUCGAGAAACUUCAUGAUAGUAAAUAACGACGUUACUGUAUUUCUGCCUUAGCUAACACAAACCCACACUACGAAACUGUCAUUUUUCAUUCAAACAUGCCUCGGAAAAAGCCAUUCAGCACCAAACAGAAGAAGAAACAGAUGCAAGUGAAACGGGAAAGAAAGAGAGGUGAGCCAGGCUCAGGGCCCAGCAGCCGUAAUGCCAGUGUGGAGCGGGGGAUGGACAGGGAGAGACAGUCGGACACCUCAGAUAGCGAAACCACAGAUGUCAGGAGGAUAAACCAGCAGCCCGGCAUCAGGGAGGGCAGAUACGAUCCCAAUAGGUUCCGUCUGCACUUUGAGAAGGAGAGCAGAGAGGAGGUGGAGAGGAGGAAGAAGCUUGCCAGAGAGAAGGUUCUGGACCAGAUGUUAGACAAAGACCUGGAGGUUGACAUCAGUGACAUCUACCCCACAGAGAAAGGUCUUGAGUUUCCGCGGCGACCUCCGUGGAACUAUGGGAUGACUCGUGAGGAGCUGCUGAGGAAAGAAGAGAAGUCAUACCGGGAAUAUCUGAAUGACCUGCACUCCAGAAACCCACCUGGAUCCCUCAGCCACUUUGAGCACAACCUGGAGACAUGGAGACAGUUGUGGAGAGUGUUGGAGAUGUCCGAUGUGAUCCUGCUCAUCGUGGACAUCAGGCACCCGGUGCUGCAGUUUCCCCCAGCGCUGUACCACUACAUCACUGGGGAGCUGCAGAAGCAGGUGGUGGUGGUGCUGAACAAAGCUGACCUGUGUCCCCCUCCCCUGGUGCUGGCCUGGACACACUACCUCCAGACACAGUUCCCCCACCUCCACUGUGUCUGUUUCACAUCACACCCCGGCCAGCCAUACAGCACAGUGCUUCAGAAGAAGAGGAUGAGAAAAAAGGGUACAUGUGGGUGGGGACAUGCUGGAGGCCCCACCCACAUCCUGAAGGCGUGUCAGGAAAUCACAGCAGGAAAAGUGGACUUGUCCAGCUGGGAGAAGAAGAUCCAGAGAGAUGCGGUUGCUAUGGGACCAGAGGGAGAGCAGUCAGAGGAGGGGGCGGACUCUGUGCUAGUGGAGCACCAGAGUGAUGUUGCCAUGGAGAUGAGCAGCCCCUCCCAGGAGCUGUAUAAAGAUGGGGUACUCACGCUGGGCUGUAUAGGCUUCCCUAACGUGGGGAAGUCAUCGGUAUUGAACAGUCUGGUAGGUAGGAAGGUGGUGAGUGUGUCUCGAACCCCCGGCCACACCAAAUACUUCCAGACCUACUACCUCACACCCACGGUCAAACUGUGUGACUGCCCUGGACUGGUCUUCCCUUCACUAGUCAACAAACAACUACAGAUCCUAGCUGGUAUCUACCCAGUGUCUCAGCUGCAGGAGCCCUACAGUUCUGUGGGUUAUCUGUGUGAGCGGACCCCCUUCCUGUCGGUGCUCAAGCUCCGGCACCCCAGCGUGGAGGGCCCACAGCAUGCACCCAAGGGGGGGGAGAAGGAGAGGGAGCAGGGACCCGAGCACAGCUGGACAGCCUGGGACGUGUGUGAGGCCUGGGCAGAGAGGAGGGGUUAUAAGACAGCGAAGGCAGCUCGUAACGACGUGUAUCGGGCAGCUAACAGUCUACUGCGGCUGGCCGUUGACGGGAGGCUGUGUCUGUGCCUCAGACCACCUGCAUACAACGAUCAGAGAGAGCAGUGGGAGUCCCACCCAGACCUGGCAGAGAUCAUCGCUCUACAGGGACGGAGGGAAGAGGAGGGGGCAGGAGAGAGGGAUGAGGAGGAGGAGGGAGAGUCCAGCUCUGAGCCGGAGGAGGAGGAGAGGGAUAGGGAUGCUGAUGAUGAUGAGGAUGGUGAUGAUGAAGAUGAAGGGUUUGGACACCCGGCAGUGAAGGAGAGGAAGGGGCCAACCAGCCUCACAGUCAACAUGUUCGAUGUCCUCCGGGAAAACGAGUGCGAGUGAGGGACAAGGGGAGAAAGAAUGAAUUAAAAAUACAAAGUGCUUGAUCUCUCCCUCUACACUCACUGCACCUUCAUUCCAUUUUCCUUUCCUUGACUUGCAUUCCUUUAACAUUCUGACUCAACUCUUCUUUCCUCUACUCUCUCUCUCCCCAACCCCUCCCUCUCCCAGAGGUUACUAAAAGCACUCUGAUAUUGUAUAAACAUGUUCAUUUCUCCAUGCUGUGCCUCUGCUCUGCUUGUUCACCCAUGCAGCUGUACUUUGACUGCAUUUAGACAGGCAGCCUAAUUCUGAUCUUUUUUCUACUAAUUGUUCUUUUGACUAAUCACAUCCUAUCUUUAUCACAGCUGAUUGGUCAAAAGGCCAAUUGGUGAAGGAAAGAUCAGAAUUGGCCUGCCUGUCUAAACUAUUGUAGGAUUACAUUUGGUUUGGUUUUUAUCAUUUUCCUGUAUGUAGGAUUUUACUAUUAUUAUUUCCCUUAAAGCUGGUAGGGGCAUUGUGGUGUAUUAAUCAUUGAUUGGUUUUCAAUCUGUUUAUUGAUAAGUGGCCUCACAGCUGAGAUGCCAAAGGUCAGAUAAGCUCAUUAGACUGCAUUUUAUAUGGUUCUAACCAAUUCAGUGUUAUAUUUUAGAGUCUACUAGGGGCAGUGUUCUUCAAUCCUGGUGCAGGAGACUCAGUAUUGGACUGAAACAAAAGCCUACACACCUUGUGGGUCCCCAGGACCAGGCUGGAAAACAUCUGAUUGAGUUUAACGACCUGUUGUUGUGGACUAUACAUGUAGUGUUUGAACUACUACAGAAGAAAACUGCUGUUACAGAGAGCCACUCACGUGUAGCACUGUAUCAUGACUCACUUGAGAGAGAGUUUGGCCACCAAAAAGCACUCUGAUGUUCUGAGAUAGUAUCACAUGGUUCCAUAGCAGCCAAUAUUGACCAAUACAGUAAUGGUCCUGUUAAUGAUCCUAAAUUAUGCCAGCUAUGCAAACCAGCUGAGUAGCAAGAAUUUAGGACGAGAGUCUAAAUACUGGAAGAAUGGAACGACAUUAAUGUUGGUUAAACUUCCAUCUCUAUCUCUCUAUGGCUCUGUUCUAAUGUUACAAUCUGUCAGGGCUGGAUUCUAGUGUGCUGUUGCCUACUGUUGUACCUCAUUGUUCCUGUUCUACUGAGGGAACACUACAGCACAGUGCUGUGUUACCGUGUAACAACAUGCACUGUUCUGGUCUACACCAAUGGCACACUUAGAAAUAUACACGCUAGGGCCAUUCGUUUUUCCUGUCUGUGUGACUGAUCAGGAAAAACUCUGGGCCGUAGUGUGUCUAAGCAACAACUAGGGACCCAGCAGAGUUUUCCUACCCAGGUGACCAGGAAAAACUCCUGUCCCUAAUACACACCACUCUGGUUUCCGAUAUGGAGAUAGAUGUGUUAAUGCUCUUUGUUUGAAUGAUUUAAACAGACUUGUACGUGAGUGUUUGGAUUGUGUAUUUGCUGCAUUCUUUAUUUCAUUCCUGGUAUGACAAUGAACUGGACUGCUCUCUGCAAUAAAGAUAAUCCAUGGAACAAGGUA